AUGCCCCAUCCAGGGAAAAAGGGCAAGUGGGGAGACAGGGCAUGCAGUGGGGGGCAAUACGCCUGCCUGUGCGCUGGCCCGUCAACCGUCUCGGACAACUUCAAACAGGACCUCGUAAAGCUCGAGGCCGACCUGGAAGCGAGGUUGCACGAAAUCCGGGCCGCAGUGUCAAAGCUGUACGCCGUCGCUACCGUGAUCGCCCUGCUGCCUACGCUUCUGAUGGUCGGACUGACCCUUCUCCAGCUGGCCAUCAACCAGCGAACACGUACAGCUCUGGUUGGAGUCGCGCGCAACACGCAGGAGCUCGCCUCAGCACGGAUGGCGCGCUGGCUCCUCCAGGCGCGUCGCUCGGCGGUACGGCGGCGGCUGCAGGUGAGCGGCGCGAUGGGGCAAAUUGGGUGGGCGCUCGUCGUGUAUGGGAUCUUGCCAGUCGCUAUGAGCAUCAGCGCGGCGACCCCGAUCGACAAGAUUGUGGGAGAAGAGGACUUCUGGCGUAUCCCGGUGGUGGUGGGGUUCUUCUUCGGCCUGCUCGCCCUCUUCCCCACCGAUGAGCGCGCGAUUCGCACUAUAUGCACCGUCUUCCUCACCUUCUACCUUGGUCUCGCUUACCUGUACGCCCAUGGCUGCAUCGAGAUUUCCACUCCCUCGGUGUCCCACCGUUCGCAGUGCCAAAGGUUCUUUCUGCCUAAGAUCGUGGUGCACCUCAGUGCGUCCGCGGCGCUCGUCGCCACACUGCCAUGGCUACUAUCCGUACGAUCGGCUUGGGCUGGUGACAUCAUAUUCGGUGCCGUCUCGCUCGCUAUCGCCGCCCUUGCAACUCCCGCUAAUCGCGGCCGGGUGACUCGCUGGCUUGGGCGUCUCGGUAGCCGCGGCAGUGAGGCGGAGGAGGCGGCAGCCAUCGCGAUGCUCCUCGGCCGCGCCAAUCCGGAAAGAGCGCUCGCUGCCGCAGAGGCGCUCUUCCGCUGCCUGCCUGCGAGCCAACUCACUGCCGAUGAUCUGGCUGAUUCCGGGGCUACUGGCUCGAGACGAGCCUCACGACCGGCUUCGAUGUCCGCGGUGACUGCCUUCGACAUUGCAGCGAAGUCGAUUCCGGCGCGGCUGGGCGAGGUCACUGCGUUCUUGAGCCACAGCUGGAAGGACGAGGAAGAGGUCCCCGGCGCCAAGUACACGGCGAUAGCACAAUGGGCUCAUUGCCAACGGCGCAAAUCGGGGCACGAACCCACGCUGUGGCUGGCGAAGCCGCCCGAGCUCGUCGAGGCGUACGCCACAGGCAAGGCCGACUACUACGGCCUGUACCGCCGAAAGUUCGCGGGCGAGGACGUCAACCUCUGAGGCGGCUGGCUGCUCCUGAGAUGUGCCCGCGCACUCGCGGCCGAGCCAGAGCCGUGGUCCACCCUCUCUCACACCGCGCCGCUAGUUUCUCGUGCCCGUGCUCCCUCUCCGCGCUUCCACGUGAUGCCUGUGCGUGAGUGUCGAGAGGCGGCGCGGCGGGCCUGCUCUGCUGUCGACCCAGCCUGACGCUGCCCUCCGCUCGAGAAGACCUCCGUCGUGAGUAUGCUCUUGUAGUCUCUUAGUGCUUAUGGGUGUCUGUGGACCCCUCGCAUGGACAUGAGUGCGUCGGGCCGGCGUGACACAAUUGUGUGAGUCGUGCGAGCACCGCGUCGUGACAGUCGUGUCUUUGUGACUGUCGCCUCGUGUCCACUCGUGCGGUGCGGUCCGGCCCGAUUGCCAACAUGUUAGGUGAGUCGUUAUUACGAAUCACAUGUACAUGUGAC